AUGGCCAACGACGAAUCAGCACGUUUUGUGCGCCGAUACUUCGGAUAUCCAUACACACCCGAAAGCAGCCCCAUGUUCAGUCGAUAUACACAUAACAUGAGACGCUUUAGCGGCUUCUCUGACGAUGUAAUAACCCCGGUGCAUGACCACCGACCCAUCGUACUCCUGCUUCUUCCAGACCGGGACACCCCGUUUGGUAUAAGUCGCGCCUUAUACGAGAACCGGCUGACCAUCGCGCAACGGAUCCUCGGCGAGUGGGCCAUCGUCCGUCAAGCUGAGCGCCAGGUGGAAAUAACUGCAGAGCUUUACCGAGACCCAUAUAUGGUCAUCAUGUUUACUCAUACGCUAGAGGGCAUAAGCUUAAGUGCCAGCAGCCUGGACCUGCACGAGUAUGCGAUGCGCGGGGGAAAGGUUGUCGUCUCGCGCGGCCUACACGGCUACAGGGCCGACUAG